AUGUCGGAUCUGAUUUCCGUGAGAAAAAGUUUUAUUUCAAUCAAUACGAAGACAAGAGCAGCAACAACAACAACAACAACAUCAGCGGGAAAUAGCAUCACACAUGAGCCACAAAUAAUGGCAUCAACAACGUCCACAGUCACAAAAAAAGACUCCUCAGCAUCGACAUCGACAGCAAAUACGCAUGUUCGAUGUCUGCCAUCACCGCCCACAUAUCGUCUAACGAUCGCUGAUUUAUUUGAUACUUCAACUGGUGGUGGUAAGCCGCGACUUGAACGUCUUCGCGAGCAUCUUUUCGCCGAAGGACGUCUCGAAGAAGAUGCAGCCUUAAUGAUCAUUGAGCGUGGUGAAAAUUUAUUACGUUCAGAAAACACAUUAGUCGAUUUAGAAGCUCCAAUAACUGUAUGUGGUGAUAUACAUGGACAAUUUUAUGAUCUCAUGAAACUAAUUGAAGUUGGCGGUUCACCUGCCACAACACGAUACUUAUUCAUGGGUGAUUAUGUUGAUCGAGGAUACUUCUCAAUUGAAUGUGUUCUGUAUUUAUGGGCACUUAAAAUUCAUUAUUCCAACACGUUUUUUCUUCUACGUGGCAAUCAUGAAUGUCGACAUUUAACUGAAUACUUCACAUUUAAAACUGAAUGUAAAAUCAAAUACACUGAACGAGUUUAUGAUGCAUGUAUGCGUGCAUUCGAUUGUUUGCCAUUAGCUGCCCUAAUCGACAAACAAUUCUUUUGUGUACACGGUGGUCUUUCGCCCGAAAUUCAUACGUUAGAUGAUAUCAAAAAGUUAGAUCGAUUCAAAGAGCCUCCACCUUAUGGUCCUAUGUGUGAUUUACUAUGGAGUGAUCCUGUCGAAGAUUAUGGUCAUGAAAAAUCUCAUGAUGAAAAAUAUUUAUUUAACGCUACACGUGGUUGUUCAUAUUUUUAUACGUUUAAAGCUGUGAAUGAUUUUCUUGUUCGAAAUAAUCUUUUAACUGUUAUCCGUGCUCAUGAAGCUCAAGAUGUUGGCUAUCGUAUGUAUCGUAAAUGUCCAUCAAGUGGUUUUCCAUCGUUAAUGACGAUAUUCUCUGCGCCGAAUUAUCUUGAUGUCUAUCAGAAUAAAGCUGCGAUACUUAAAUAUGAUACAAAUAUCGUUAAUAUCAGGCAGUUCAAUUCGUCUCCUCAUCCGUACUGGCUACCGAACUUCAUGAAUGUCUUUACAUGGUCAUUGCCGUUCGUCGGAGAGAAAGUGACUGAAAUGUUAAUCAAUAUACUGAAUAUUUGCAGCGAAGAAGAACUUGUACACGAUUUAUCCAGCGAGCAACAAAAUGAUAAUGAUAAUCAGUUCCGUCGCGAUGCUAUUCGUUCGAAAAUACGUGCUGUAGGAAAAAUGGCCAAAGUGUACGCCUCGUUACGUGAAGCAAGUGAAAAUGUUAUUAAUUUGAAAGGUCUAACACCUGUUUCGCCAUCGUCAUCAUCAACAAAUUUGAAUGAACUUAUCGACGAUGAAGGAGAUACUUCUGAACAUCCAAAAGUACCAACGGAUUUUUCAUUUUCAACAGCGAAAACAUUUGAUCAGAUUAAUGAACGUAUGCCACCGUGGUCCGAUGCUGAACGUAAACAACGUUUUGCCAACAAGAAUUCAACGGGCAAAGAUGAUUCAAAUCUUUCGCAUACUGAUAGUGAUAAUGAACGAAUUGAAUCAACAAAUGCCGAGAGAGAUUCAACAUCUCAUACACCCAUUCUUGUUAUACAAAAGGAAGACGAAAAAAUCCUCAAUGGAAGCGAUAAAUCUCCAGUCAUUAAAUCAACUCCGUUGUCUACGACUUCUCCAUCAACUUCGAAACCUGUUUCAACUUCAGCCGGUGAUUGCCAUACUGAUCUUGAUCAGAUAGAUAUCCGAUUCGAGAAAAACCAUCAUGAUUCUCUACCAAACUCGAAACAUUCCACCAAUAACUCGACGAGUUCGACGACCACGACGAGCACUAAUAGUGGGAGUAGCAGUUUUUCACUUAAAAACCCUGUGAGCUCAUUUCGUUCAUGGGUAUCGAAUAAGAAGAUGUCACGUGAAGAAUCAGGAACCGCAUCGAUGAAUCAUUCGAUUACAACCUAUGGUAAAAUCGAUACAUCUCCGACUCCACGUAAGUCUUCAGUAAGUUCAAGUGCCACGCGACGAAAUCGUACGAAUUCGGCAUCAGCGACUACGACAACAUCUGUUCUCAAUCAUCAUCAACAGCAAAAUCAAACAAAUUCUUCCUCGCCAUCAUCAUCAACAACAACAACAACAACCGGAUCAACACGUGUAAAAAAGAAAUCAUCGUUUGCAUUACGUAAUACCAAUCCCAUUUCAUUACUUAAGCGAACAUCAGAUACGAGUCAUAAUCAAACAGAUGUAUCUUCAACUGAACAAGCAGGAACAGGCGGGGGUGGAGGAAAUGGACCAUUUGGUUAUUUCAAAAAUCUUGUACGAGGCGAUAGUAGUAGCAGUGAAAAAAAGCAGUAG